UGGAAUCACAAUAAACCUAUUUCCACUAAAAGAUGUAAUAAAAUGAUAUACAUAUAAUAUAGAUUCCUAAAUCUAUUAAUUAAAUAUAUUAUAUAACUGAUUAAAUUUGGUAGUAUAUAUUUAUUAACAAUUUAUUUAAAGAAUGACUUUGCAGUCGAUAGCCAAAAACUGUCGACCAGUUUCACAAUAUUUACCUUCACUUGGACUUAAAAGGUUCUGUAGCAAUACAAAUAAAACCGACAAAUUUAGUGAAAAUUAUUGCUUAAAUUUAGUGCAAAAACAUGAUCAUGAAAAUUUUCUCUGUACUCUGCUUUUAGAUGACAAAAAAAGAAGAAACGUUUUUUCUGUAAGAGCAUUUAAUGUGGAAAUUGCAAAAAUUGGAUCAACAGUCAGUGAAGAUGCUAUUGCAAAAAUGAAAUUAAAAUUUUGGUUCGACUCAAUUGAUAAAUGUUUUAAUGACAAAUCUUCUUAUGUGGAGGACCAUCCUGUUUUGAAAGAAAUUAAAAAUACAACAAAUCAACAUAAAUUGUCUAAGAUAUAUUUUAAACGUUUAGUAACUGCUAGAGACCGACCUUCUAAUAUGUCAUUUAUUACUAUAAAAGAUUUGGAAGAUUAUGCAGAACAAACAGUGUCCACAAUAUUUUACAUUAUUUUAGAAAUUUAUGGUGUUAAAGAUAUUAAUGUUGAUCAUGCGAUUUCUCACUUAGGAAAAGCUCAAGGAAUUGUCAAUCUCAUACGAAGUAUACCGUUCAGAAAACGUUCAGAAGCAAUUAGCAUACCACAAGAAAUUUUAAAUAAACAUGGAGUAAGUCAAGAGAGAAUUUUAAGGGAUAAAGUAGAUGACAAGGGUGUAGAAGAAUGUAUCUUUGAAGUAGCUACAUGUGCUCAUCAACAUUUAGAAAAAUCAAGACAGUUAUCCAAGCAUGUACCAAGAUCAUUAACUGAAAUUUUUUUACCAGCGGUUGCUGUUCAAAGAUAUUUAGAUCGCUUAAGAAAAGCGAAUUUUAGGCUCACUGAUCAAAACCUAUUGAAGCGAGACAACACACUACCAAUAGCUUAUUAUUGGAGCAAACUUAGAUCAAAAUACUAGUAUAAAUUUAGAAGAAAUUUUAUUUAAGACGUUAAUUUUUAUUGUUGGCAGUAGAUUAUUAUAACAGUUAAUAAAUUUUAUUCUAA